AUGGCGAACCUCCAAAGCCUCCUCUUCGUCGCCCUCUUCUUUGCCUCCGGCGUUGCGGUCUACGGCGCGUGCGAGGGCUGGUCACCGCUCUCCGCCUGCUACUUCAUGGUGAUCACGUCCACCACCGUCGGGUAUGGUGAUAUGGCACCCGCCAGCCCCGCUGGCCGCCUGUACACAUGCGCCUCCGCGCUCCUCGGCACCACGGUGAUAUUCAACGCCCUGCAGCCGGCCGUCGAGGCCGCCCUCACGCGUCUGCGCGCGGCGCUGGUGCCAGCGGUGGCUCUCAACAUUGACACAGCCGACCCGCGGCUCUCACUCCGUGAGGUGAAUCGGCGGAUCAGCUACGGUCGGCGCCACCUGCGGGCCGCUCUCGGGCCGUUGCUGAUCUUUGUCGUGGGGGUCGCCAACGCCCUGCUCUUUCUCGGGCUCGGCGCCAUCGACGCCGUGUACUAUGCCGUCGUGACGAUGACAACGAUUGGGUACGGCGACAUCGCCCCUCCUCCCACGCCACUCGCCAAGCUCGCCGCUAUCGUCUGGAUCCCGCUGGCCGUCGUGGCGCUGGCGGAUGGGGUGAAUGAGUGGCUCGCGAUCCGCACGCGAAAGCGCAUAAGGGAACACUGCGACGCGGACGACACGGCGACCGAUGACGAUGGAAAGCCGAUUGGGGAGGCGGAGUUCCUACGGCGCGUGCUGCACCGCGAGGGGCUCGUGGACGACGACACGCUGGCCUCGAUCGCCCGAAAGUUCGCUGCGGUGAAGAAGGAGCAAUGA